GGGCGGCUGUAGGGGCAUCUUUGGCUGUGGUUAUUGUUUCUCUGUUUGGUGUUUUGCAUUGGACUGAUGGUGCACCCGCAUCAAGGGCCAUAACGCAGACUGGAAGAAGCUUUCUGAGGCUAGCGUCUUCCGGAGCACACUUGGUGGAGGCUCAGGGGGUCCUAAAGAGGGUGUGCAAUACAGCAAUGAGGGCUUACAACACGAUGAUGAUUCUGGGAGUGUGAACAGUAAGUUAGCUGCAGACCUGGAGAACAAACUGGAGUCUGGACUAAAGCCGCAGCAGAGACGCGGGUCAGCGCCGAAGACAAUGACCCCCAGCGCUGUUCUCCUGACCACCAGCAGCCCUCAAGCUGACUCCAGCAGCCUGGCAGAAACCAUCGACAGUGAAAAGGAAGUCAAACCAAUCCUGACUAAAGAGCGCCGCAAUGAGGAGGGCUACAAAAGCGUUUGGUUUAAGCAAGAUAUCGACCCCAACACCAAAGAGGAAGUGGUCAUCAUUCCCGACACCGGUGAAGCGGAUGGAGACCGUGAGGAAGAUGAUGACAGCGAGGGUGAAAACAGGCCUGACGUGGAUUCUGAUGUUGAGGAAGGAGUGUCGUCAGAUUUGUAGACUGUUUCUCCAGUGCAACAACUGCAAAACACAAGGACUUGAGUUGAGCUCAAAUGUUAGACACUUUAGUACAGCAGAAACUUUAAAAGAUUCUUUACAAGUUAGUUGAUUUAUGUGUUCUAAAGUUUUUAAAAAUGUUUUCCUUUGUCAUAUUUCUUACUAGAGCUGGGUAUCGUUUAAAAAUUGUCCGAUACCGAUACCUUGACUUUGAUAUCGGUUCCUAAACAAUACUUAUUUUGAUACCAUUUUUAUGAAAUUUUAUUACAUUAUCUCAAAAAAACAUUGGUUUUAUUUUUCCGACGUUUAUACAGACAUUUAAAGACUCAUCAUCUGAGCCACUGCACAUAGAAACAAAAUAUAACCAACACAAUAAAUCAGUGCAAAUAGUUUUAAUAAAGUUCAAAUAAUUUUCAGUUUAGACAUCUGAUAGGAUGGUACUGAACGACAAGACGUUUUUUGAUACUCUAUGCAUGGAGGCAAUUCAGUCGGUGCCUAAAAAGUAUUACAAUACCCAGCCCUAUUGCUUUCUGUUAAUAGGUCUGUAAAUAUGGUAAACAAAAUAUAAUAUAAUUUUCACUUUCUAGCAUGAAAGGUCAACCUGAAAUCAAAAUUGACCCUGUUUGCUUUCUAAAUAUAUGUUCUGGUUUUUAUUGUGAACGAUUCAUCAAUGCACAUUAUUUUUAAGGGGGAAAAAGGUAAAUCUAAAAUGUUUCAAUAUUGCUUAGAAAUCUUAUCAGAUUAGAGAAGUUAAAUAGGUUAAGAACUGUAUUUCACGUUGACUGAGUGCUUUGUACAAAAACACUUCUAUUAAUAGUUAAUUCAAAUAUUUUUUUAUAAAAUCUAUUCUUUGUAGAUUGCAAUUUACUGGAAACAUGGAAAUAAACAAUAAUUACUAAAACUGCUG